GCCUUGUAGCCAGCAGGAUCCGGAGCUUUCUGAGGGCAGUAUGUCUCUGGAGAGCAUGUGGGCUCCACAGGCAGCAGACAUAGGGGAUGGGCCUGCCAAGAAAGCCGGCAACCAGGCCUCCAUGCAGACACAGCUCCUCCAGACUGCCUCCCUAAAGGAUGGCCCAGCAAAGAGGGCAGUAUGGGUUCGUCGGGACAGUGCCGAGACAGAAGCCUCCGCUAAGUCAAAUGGGUCGAAGGACAGGCCCAAGUUAGGGGUGACCAAAGCAGUGGUUGUGGAUCUUGGCACUGGCUUCUGUAAAUGUGGCUUUGCUGGCCUGCCAAAGCCCACUCAUAAGAUCUCAACAACAGUGGGCAAGCCCUACAUGGAGACAGCCAAGACUGGGGAUAAUCGCAAAGAGACCUUCGUGGGGCACGAGCUCCUUAACCCAGAAAUACAUCUCAAGCUGGUCAACCCCCUGCGUCAUGGUAUCAUUGUGGACUGGGACACAGUACAGGACAUCUGGGAAUACCUCUUCCGACAGGAGAUGAAGAUCGCCCCAGAGGAGCAUGCAGUCCUGGUUUCAGACCCACCCCUGAGCCCUCACACCAACAGAGAGAAGUAUGCUGAGAUGCUGUUUGAGACCUUCAACACGCCUGCAAUGCACAUCGCCUACCAAUCCCGCCUGUCCAUGUACUCAUACGGUCGCACCUCCGGCCUGGUGGUGGAGGUUGGCCAUGGUGUGUCCUAUGUGGUUCCCAUCUAUGAGGGUUAUCCUUUGCCUAGCAUCACGGGGAGGCUAGACUAUGCAGGAUCUGACAUGACGGCGUACCUGAUGAGCUUGAUGAACAGCUCUGGAAAAUACUUCACUGAGGACCAUAUCAGUAUUGUGGAGAACAUCAAGACAAAAUGCUGCUUCGUGGCCCUAGACCCCAUUGAGGAGAAGAAAAUCCCUCCCAGUGAACAUGAGAUCCAUUAUACUCUGCCUGAUGGGAAAGACAUCCGUCUGGGCCAGGAGAGGUUCCUCUGCUCAGAGAUGUUCUUCAAGCCAUCUCUGAUCAAGUCCAUGCAGCUGGGCCUCCACACCCAGACAGUGUCCUGCCUUAACAAGUGUGACAUCGCACUCAAACGAGACCUCAUGGGGAACAUCCUGCUCUGUGGGGGAAGCACUAUGCUCAAGGGUUUCCCUAACCGCCUGCAGAAGGAACUGAGCAGCAUGUGUCCCAAUGACCUGCCACAGGUGAACGUUCUGCCUGAGAGAGAUACUGCAGUGUGGACUGGUGGCUCUAUCCUGGCCUCGCUCCAAGGUUUCCAACCACUGUGGGUUCACCGCUUUGAGUACGAGGAACAUGGGCCUUUCUUCCUCUACAGAAGGUGCUUCUGAACUGAUGUAGCAUGGCCACUGUGGUGACAGUGUGUCAGCUUUACUACAUGAGGGAACACCUUUUAUACAUGGUGCUGAGCUGGCAUGUUCAUUCCUGUAGCAUUAAAACCCCCUGGUGUCCCCUUCCUG